GCAAGUUCAGAACCUCUCCUGUUGGACUCUCAAAGUGUAUCAAAAUCAUUACUCAAAACAAAACCACUGCCAAGAACUGAAAAUAAUGCGCUUGGAACAAUUUUUGAAAAUGACUCAGAUUCCAUCGCUGGUCCAUCUAGUCGGCAGCAAAUGACCUCUAUUAAUGAAGCUAUUGAUGAUUUAAAAGUAUUUUUCAAAAGAGAAAUAAAUAACGCAAAGCGAAGUAUUUUAUAUGAUUUGGAACAGAAGAUUAAUACGAUAAAAAUUGAAUUAUCAAAACGUCCAGGUGAAAUUGCACCAUCAGAACCCUGGAGAAUUAUAGGUGAACUCUUGCCAGCUAUGGAAAUUAAUAAAUUCCUAGAAUUAAAUGAAAUUUUAAGUACAGACAGCGAAAAACAAGAUGCACUGAAACAAAUUUUUCAAUUAGAAACCAUUGGUUCCACGAAUUAUGCUGCAGAUAUCAAUAAAAUUCUAAAAAAAUUAAUUGGAAAAGAGGUUCAAUUACUGUAUAGCGGAUGCGGUAGAAUGGCAAAUGGG